AUGGCUGUGUGCUGCCCUAUGGCCGUGGGUCUCAACAAGAGCCACAAGGUGACCAAGAACGUGAGCAAGCCGAGGCCCAGCCGCAGCCGCGGGCACCUCACCAAGCACACCACGUUCGUGCAGGACACGAUCCGGGAGGUGUGUGGCUUUGCACCCUACGAGCGAAGGGUCAUGGAGCUGCUCAAGGUCUCCAACAAGCGGGCACUUAAGUUCAUCAAGAAGCGGGUGGGCACACACAUCCGAGCCAAGAGGAAGAGAGAUGAGCUGAGCAACGUGCUGGCCGCCAUGAGGAAGAGGAAGGCCGCUGCCAAGAAGGACUGA